AUGCACUCUCACAAAAAGAAUCAUACGUUUGAUCAAAGUAGACGUGUUGUUCAACACGACACUACUAAUAAUAAAAUAGACGCGGCAGCGAAUCAUGGAGAAUCCACAGAAGUGUUUAGUUUGGAUAAUUACUUGAAAAGCUGGUCCUUUGGUGUUCUUGGAGACGAGAAUAAUAAGCCUUCAUUAAAGAAAACUUUUGUAAAAGGAUUUACUAAAACAAAACGUUAUCAUUCUCCCAAAAAAAGUGAUAAUAAAACUCUCAAGACAACGAAAUCAAGAGGAGAAGUGCCUUUGACGUCUAUCCUCAAAAAAUCAAAGAGAUUAACAGAAAACAGUCAACAACUAAAAGCUACAACAGAUCAUGAAGAGAAACUACCGAAUGCAGAGAGUAAAUCCGAAAAUUCAGACUCUAGUAAAUCUGUACGAUUUGCUCGACUUUCCUCAAGUCCCACAAAUAAGUCGAUAAUAAAUCGGACUCCUUUGAAAGCUAUCAACCAGAAUAUCAUUCCCACUAAUCCGAAUGAAUCUAAUUCUCCUACUCUGAUAUCACUGGUUAAAUUCAAAUCACCGCUCUAUUCUCCGAAACCUGUAUCGUAUGAAUUUGGUGGCCCUUCAAUAGUUGUCGAGGAUCAUCAGAAUGAGAACUUUAACAAUGAUAUAAGCAACUCCUUUUUGCCCGGUACUCCAAAUAAGGAGCAAAAAGUAGAGGAUAAGAAUUUUCUUUCUGCUAAAACGCACAGGGAAUUAUUAGGCCAACCGACAAUAGAAGAAAGUUCAAAUGAUCCUAUAUUAAUAAAUGUCCAACAUGAAGCAGUGAAAAAUAAAAUCUCGCCUAUUUCUUGGCAUCCUGAAUCUCCGAUAAAGAAAGUAGUUUCUAAAAAUGAAGUUCCGAUAAAAAAAGUAGUUUCUAAAAAUGGAAACCGCUCAAAAGAUAAGGAAAGGAAUAAAAAGACUAUAAAAAAUGAUGAAGCUAAUUUAUUACAGCUCUUGGAAAUUUGUGAUCAAACUGAUUAUUAUUCAUUUGAAGAAUUUCUGGGAUCAGAAUGUUUAGGAAUGGCUAAAAAGGUUGGAGAGGCCACUUUCUCUGAAGUAUUUGAAGUGACGACUUCAAAUUUCACUUCAAAUAAAACAAGAUGUAUUCUCAAGAUAAUACCAUUUGGGCAAGGGAAAAAAAUUUUAGUGAAUGGCGAAGAACAAUGUAGUAUCCUAGAUGUAAUGCAAGAAGUCAAGAUUACUAUGGAACUAGGUGGACAUUCUAAAUUUCAUCCGGAGAUUCGGGCGGGAUUUCUAAAAGUGUAUCGAGUAGGAAUUUGCCGUGGGACAUAUCCGAUCCCUCUGCUUGAAGCCUGGGAUCGAUGGAAUAGGCAGCAUAAAUCAGAGAACGAUCGUCCUGACUAUUUCAAUCAGAAUCAAAUAUAUACCAUAUUUGUAAUUGAACAUGGCGGUGUCGACUUGGAACAUGUGAAAUUAAAGACAUGGCGUCAAGCAUGGAGCAUUUUAACACAAAUUGGCUGGACUCUGGCUUUGGCUGAAGAGUCCCUAAAAUUCGAGCAUCGCGACUUGCAUUGGGGAAAUAUUACGAUAAAGGCUACCAACUUGAAACACGUCACAUUUCAUGAUCCCUCUAAUGGGAAAGUUUAUGAGAUUCCUUGCUUUGGAGUAAGAGCCUGUAUUAUUGAUUACACACUUUCACGCAUGGAUAUAGAUGAAAAUACAAUUCACGUCGAUAUCCGCGAUGAAGGGUAUUUCACUGGUGAAGGCGAUUACCAAUAUGAAAUCUAUCGAAUGAUGAGGAAAGAGACAAAAGGGAACUGGCGAUCCUUUUGCCCUAAAACAAACGUUUUCUGGCUUCAUUACCUUGCUGACAAAAUUCUGAAUAACCUCGAAUUGGAGAAACCGCGAAAAAACGCGAAUCCUGAAAUAAUGAGCCAGAUGCCAUACUAUGAGGCGAUUCAGAGUCUCUGUCAACGCGCGCUCAAAGAAGGCGGCGGCUAUAAAAGUUCUAAAGAACUUAUGGAGCAGGACGCGUUUUGGAAAAUAUAA